UCCGAAGGCACUCUCUCUAAACUCCCUUGUAAAAGCACCCGUGCAUUCUCCGUUAUAAUACAAACUGGGCUACAGGCGCGGGAACCAUGCCCCUACAAGCUCCGAUGGCGGUGACGUCGUUCCAGACGCCGAUGCCGCAGCCAUCACCUUUCCAGCCCCAGCUGGUCAGCACCAUGGCCCCUGUCAACUUGACCGGCGCACUUAACGCUGUAGGGCCAUCGCGUCCCCCGCAAGGUACGAAUCCGCAAAUGACCCCUGAUGGUCAUUGCGUCUCAAUUGAGAGUGAUGACGGCGAGUGGGACAUUCCAAGGGCCCACAAGAAGAAGAAAGGAAAAAACAUCCGGCCAGCGACCUCCCGAAACUCCGCCUUCGAAAGGCUGGGGGAUAGGGAGGAAGGCCAGAGGAAGUCAGCCAAGCAAAGGCUGGGGCAGAGCGUUGCCCAUGUGAGCGCGUUCGCCCGGCUAGGCGAGGUGCGGGAAGCCGAGCCUGCCCGCACCCGGCGCUCCCGGUCUAUCCGGCAGGAGCCAGCGAGGACGAGGGCCUCUCGUCAGGAAGAGGAAGCAGAGAGCCAGCCCAGGUUACCGGUGGCGAACCGGUUGACCAUCCCAAAUGACCGGGUCCAGCAGAUGGAGGCAAAACUAGAGAGGCUGGAGAAAAAGGUCGGAGAGAAGAAUGACCGGGACAAACCCCUGGCAGGGUCCCCGUUCACCACAAGGGUCCAUCUGACACCUUUCCCGCGAAAGGUCAAAAUUGACGCCCCUAGGUUCACCGGGAAGGAAGAUCCGGAAAUCCAUCUGGAUUCCUUCAACCAGAGUGCGACCAUGAACGGUUGCACCGAUGAAGAAAAGUGCCUUCUUUUCUUCCAGACCUUGCGGAACCGAGCCACUGAAUGGUUCAAUAAGCUUAGCCCGGGAAGCAUUGAUUCGUUCAGUGAUUUGGCCUCAAAAUUCAAGGCCAAGUUCCAGGAGAAUUGUACUAAGAGGAAGAAAUUCACCUAUCUUAGUACAGCUGGGCAGAGGGAAUCUGAGAACCUUACUCAGUUCCUUACCCGGUGGAAGGAAUGGGUAGACAAGGUGGAAGAAAUGGAUGACAAGACCGUCUUAUCCCUCCUCUUGAAUGGCUUGCGUGCCGGGGAACUAUACAAAGAGUUCUGCCGGAAACCCCCAGUCACGUACCAAGAGGCCUACCACACUGCAUGGGAGUUUGCUGAGGCUGAAACCCAGCUCCGAGCAAAGAGAGAAGCUGAGCAUGGUCACAAGCCCAAGCCGGUGCAAGUCAAGAAGGAGGAAGUCCCGGGACCUAGCUGACCAAGGCACCACUAUGACCCGGUUGUCCGUGUGGUCAAUACGGAGGAAUGCCAAGAAAUCCGGAAAGCACCAGUCAUUC